UCAGCACCUCUGAGGGGUUUAUUCUCCCCAAUAUAUGACUUUAGAAUUUCUGGGGGGUUUCUCAUUUAUUUAUAGUAAAUAAUAAUAUCGUAGCAUCCAGUAAAUAAUAUUAAAGUGAAAGUGAAAAAAGAAACCCUGUUCUGGACUUCAGCAGAUGAUGAGGUAAACCUGAAUGACAAGAAACACAAGCGAGUUUUGUCUGUUUUGUUCACAGCAUCCAUUUGCCAGUGUACUACAGCAUUUCUCAGAGAUUCUUCCUGUGGCCUUUAUUCUUCUGUGUAAAGAUGGAUGAGUAUGACAUUAUCGAUGCUGCUGAAAUUGAAGAAAUUAAAAUGUCACUAGCCAGUGAAGAUCUGCCAUCAGCUGUUGGCAAGAUUAAGGAUUACUUUGCACAACAAGACCGUGUGGAACUGAACAUUGCUAUAACAGGAGAGUCUGGAUCUGGAAAAUCCACAUUUAUCAAUGCCUUCAGAGGUUUAGGGGAUGAAGAUGAAGGCUCUGCAGAAACUGGUGUUGUAGAGACCACUACAAAGGCUACCCCUUACCCUCACCCAAAAUUCCCAAAUGUCAAAUUGUGGGAUCUCCCUGGCAUUGGAACCCCCAGAUUCAAAGCUGAUGAAUAUCUCGAAGAGGUUCAGUUUGAACAAUAUGAUUUUUUCAUCAUCAUAGCAGCAGAUCGUUUCAGAGAAUGCCACACCAAUUUGGCAACAGAGAUAGUAAAAAUGAAAAAGAAGUUUUAUUUUGUUCGAUCAAAGAUUGACAGCAACAUUGAGGCUGAACAGCGAAAGAAGACGUUUAACAAAGAAAAGACACUGAAUGCUAUCCGAGACAACUGCAUUAAAGGUCUAGAAGAGAUUGGUCUAAAGUCUCCUGCUGUCUUCCUCAUCUCUUGCUUCGAACUCAGUCUGUAUGAUUUCAACCGUCUUGAGGAGACCAUGGAGAGGGAACUUCCCCAGCACAAGAGAGAUGUACUGAUGUUGGCCCUUCCAAACAUCACUCUGGAGAUCAACGAGAGGAAAAAGGCGGCACUGCAGAGCAAAAUUUGGAAGGUGGCUCUGAUCUCUGCCGGGGCUGCAGCUGUGCCAAUACCUGGUUUAUCAUUCGGUGUAGAUGUGUACAUCUUGGUGUACGAGCUUAGAAAAUAUUACAAUGCCUUCAGUUUGGACCCAGCCUCCUUACAGAAGCUUUCUGAGAGAUCAGGGAAACCAGUAGAUGAGCUAAAAUCUGUGCUUAAAUCUCCUCUGAAUCAAGAAAUAACCAGGGAUCUCAUUAUUAAGUUGCUGACAAGUUCAAGUCUUGUCGUUUUAGAAUCAGUAGUAGAGUACUGGCUGGGUUUAAUUCCUGUUCUGGGAUCAGUGACAGCUGGGUCAAUGUCCUUUGCUACGGUUUACUUCAUACUGAAGCGUUGUCUGAAUGAACUUGCUGAAGAUGCCCGCAAUGUGCUCAUGACUGCUUUGCAAACAGCAGUAUAAAAAUGCAAGCAGUGUACCAUUCCACCUCUAUUUUAAAUUAUCACAAAAAAAAUUUAGCCAUCAUAAUAUGAAUUUAACUUUUUAUUUUUCAUACUCAUUGUUUGAUUAAAACAACGAUCCAUGAGAGGGUGUUAACUGCAGUGAUUUGGGUGUUUUUUGGCCAUAACACAAAGUACCCGUAAGUGGUGUUAUGGGUCCCAGGGAUGGGAGACCGCAGUAACAAAUAUAUGACCUGCAUAAAGCCGGUAAAGCAGAGGAAUGAGGACACAGUGCGUCUUGUUUCCUUUCCAGAUUGCUUCUCUGUAUGAGUUAUUUAACAUCAUAUAUCAUCACGGUCACAUAAGCACAACACAUAUCUGGUUCCCUCAUUUCAGUUUUAUGUAUUUCAAUUUCACAUUUUCCCGAUUCAGUCCUUUAUCUCACUUAAAUCACUACUUCAAUCUCUAACACAUUUUCUCUCAUCAUCUUCUGUUUCCUAAUAAGCACAUAUUUAUAUUUUAUAUCAAUAAACAGUUCCUUACAUUUUCCUUUUCCCUUUCACAGUAUAAACUGGAUCAAAACACUUUCAUGUAGUGUAAUUUUACAGUAGUGUAUCAUACACCUUUAAAUACGACAGACUACAUACCUUGCUUCUGUAAAGCACUGAAAUGUGUGACUAGCAAAGUGCUUGUGUUACAUUUUUUGAACUUAUAUUUACCAGGCAGCAGGCUUGUAAACAAAGAUACAUUAAAUUUGUAAACUUAAAUUUUUACAUUUUUACAAUAAUACAUAUUCACAGUAAACAUACAUAAAUCAUAACUAGCUGGAAAUACAUCAUGUACAGGAGCCCUAAUGUCACUUAUUCCCACUCUAACUAGUGCAACUGCAGUCGCACUCAGCACAAAAUGGCGUUCGUGCGGCCAAACUUUUCCACUUAUUAAUGUCGUUUAAACAUUAACUCAUUGAAACGUCACAAACUCUACAUACACACGCUAAUAUGGUCUGUUAGAAUAACGUAACAUUUCAUGGCGCAUUAAUCCUUUACUGACCUGCAUAAAGCAGGUAAAACAGAGGAUUUAGCCAUCAUAAUUUGAAUUAAACUUAUUUUUUAUACUCGUUAUCUGUGGGUGGUAGAAGAGAGCAACUGGACUUGCUUGAAGAUUCUUGAAAACAUUUAACCUCUCAUCCAAAAGGCUUCCUCAGUUCUGUCUGACUAAUAGGGAGUAUCAGGUAUUUAUCCUCUCAUGGAUCAUCAUAGAAUCAGAAUCAGAAUGCUGAUGGCUGCAUUGUAGGUGGCUGAUAAGAUGUCUUAGACACCCACCUCUGUUCAGUGAUGGUCGUUCCAGGUUGACAAAAAUGAACGAUCCUCUCUGGCUAAGAUGUCUGCCAGUUUUCUGAAGUCCUCUCAUACUCCCGCACCAGUCGAAGGGAUCUCAUCCCAAAGUGCGUCGAAACAUAUCUGUGAAGAAACUCAGUCAUCCAGGUACAUAGUAAUCUGUGGUUGGUAAAAGAGAGCAACUGGACUUGUUUGAAGAUUCUUGAAGACGUUUCACCUCUCAUCCGAAAGGCUUCCUCAGUUCUGUCUGACUAAUAGGAAGUAUCAGGUAUUUAUCCUCUCAUGGAUCAUCAUAGAAUCCGAAUCAGAAUUCUGAUGGCUGCAUCCAGUCCAGCUCUCUUCUACCAACCACAGAUUACUAUGUACAUGUACCUGGAUGACUGAGAAUCUUCACAGAUAUAUACUCGCUGUUUUAAUCAAACAGUGAUCCAUGAGAGGGUGUGAGCUGCAGUGAUUUGGGUGUUUUUUGGGGCACAACGCAAAGUACCCGUGAGUGGCUCACUGUAUUUAUUAAACGGCAACAAAAGCAAUGGAAUAAAAUCGAGUGUUCAGUAAAUAAUAAAAUGUAUUAUUCAUAACAUUUGCAACAACCAUUUCUUUCACAAUGCAAUGUAUUCAGUUAAGAGUAAGUCUUGGUUCCUAAGCAACAUAACAGGUAAAGAUUAGGGUGUUUUUUUUUUGUUUGCUUGUUUUUUUUUAACAAAAACUUAAACAUAGACUGCCUUCCAGAUUUUUCAAGUGUAGGGUGGCAUGGUGAGUGAUUAGCACUGUUGCCUCGCAGCAAGAAGGUUCUGGGUUCAAGCCCAAUGGCCAACGGGGGCCUUUCUGUGUGAUGUUUGCAUGUUCUCCCCGUGUCUGCGUGAGUUUGCUCCAGUUUCCCCCCACAGUUCAGAGACAUGCGGUUAGGUUAACAUGGGGCGGCCUUGGACUGAAGUGCCCUUGCGCAAGGUACCUAACCCCCAACUGCUCCCCGGGCACUGUAGUAUGACUGCCCACUGCUCUGUGUGUGUGUUUUCACUGCUUCAGAUGGGUUAAAUGCAGAGGAUGAAUUUCACUGUGUGCUUGAGUGUGCAUGUGACAAAUAAAGGCUUGUUCUUCUAAAA